AUGCUGGGCGCCCUUUCAAAUCGCAAGCUCGGUUGGUUCGCGCGUUUGGCGUCGCGUCGCGCAAAUGUCGGCCUCAUCGUGAUCAGUGAUUGGCACAUGGGCCAUAACAUCAAAGUCUACAGGUGCGCCAGCGCCGGCCGGGGUGCCCCCAUGCACGUCGCCCGAGCCGUCAGCCUGCACUGGUCGCGGGGGAGCCGCCCCUCCGCGGCCGCGGCCGGCUUGAGGGAGCCCGCGGCCAGGCUUCGCGCGCUCGGAUGCAGGCUCUUUUGCUUGCCCCUGGAUCUCGGGGGCCAGAAGCUCCACAUCUGGUGCCUGCUGAUAUUCGUGGUCUGCUCCGCCGCCCUCUGCAUCGGGCUCUUCGAGGCCGAGCGCCUCACGACGCACGUGCUGAGGAGCCCGUGCACGGUGAUCGGCAGCGAGCUGGUUGACGUGGGUACGUGUACUGUCUGCGACGAGCUCAGCCCCUCCAAUUGCGAGGAGCAUCCUGUCGCGACGGCACGUCUCGCGGUGACUUUCCGGCCGAUGCACCGCGACGCCAACGUCACUGGCUCAGUGUGGUACUGCAAGGGGCGCCAGGAUUGGUCUCGGCCUCGGCAGUAG